UUUCGUUUUUUUGGAAGUCAGUCCAUAUCUCCUUGACGAUUCUUCUCCUCCGCCGUUACCACACGCAGACGCAGUCUGCGGUUCUUGCUCCGCCCUUCGUCCAUGGUAUCUCGAAACUUCCAUAGAAUAUCGGAGGACAAGAACGACGAUACAUAUUCCAAUUUCUUAUACAGAACGGCACAUACGAAAUCAGCACAACCACGGUUCUCAGUCGAGGGAGAGACACAGAGAUCUAUUGAGGAAGUCGGGCGACCUAAGAGGAGACAUGGCACCGGUGCCUGUGAGCGUCACCAUGCAGGCGGAGCUGUGGAAACUCGAUGGAAAGAGCGUCUUGACGCGGCAAUCGAUGCGUACACCGAGGCAAUUACGCUAUGCCCAGAUGUGGUUGUGUACUGGACAAAUAGGGCGCUGUGCUAUUAUAAGAUGAAAAAUUGGACACGAGUAGAAGAGGAUUGUAGAACAGCUAUAAAGCUUGACAGCAGCUCUGUUAAGGCCCAUUAUAUGUUGGGGAUCACAAUUUUAGAAAGGGGAGAUUAUACAGGAGGAAUCAAGGAAUUAGAGAAGGCUUUUGAACUUGGAAGGGCUGCGAAGCCUCCCGGCUGCUUGGCUGAGGAUAUUUGGCAGGAACUUGCCAAAUGGAAGUACAAAGAAUGGGAACUUUUAUCCAGCAAGCGAACAUGGCAGUUGCAGACACUGAAGGAUACGUGUGAAAAAGCUCUUUUGGAGCAUCAUUUUCUUGAUGGACAUCAAUCUGAAGAUGAAAUUAAGGAGGUUUCAAAAGAUGUCGUAGAUCAACUUGAAAUGCUGAAGGAAGUUUUUAACAAAGCUGCUGAGGAUGAUGUCCUGAAAGAAGUUCCUGAUUACCUUUGUUGCAAAAUAACACUCGAAAUUUUCUGGGAUCCUGUCAUCACCCCAAGUGGCAUUACCUAUGAAAGGAGAGCGCUACUUGAUCACCUUCAAAAGAUGGGAAAGUUUGAUCCAAUAACAAGAGAGCCACUUAGUAGUCACCAAUUGAUACCCAACCUUGCCAUCAAGGAGGCAGUUCGAGGAUACCUGGAGAAGCACGGUUGGGCCUACAGGAUGAGCUGAUAUGCUUUUAACAGGGAGAGGUGAAAUUUUUGUUAUUAUUAUUAUUUGCACCUUUUUUAAUUUUAGCCAAUAAUUCAUCAUAUUCCAUUUUUUUAAUUUUUUUUUUAUUUUGUAAUAGCAUUGUUAUGUGAUCUUUGUGUUCUAACAACCCUCCGUGACUUGUUUGUACAGCGUGGUAUAGUUCAGUUUAGUGAUACAUCUGUUUAGUUUAUAUAUCAAACAUAUUCUAUUUUAUUUGAAUUGGAACUAUCCAAAAAUGUCACCUGGAAGAAAAAAACUCCCAGUUUUCAUAAAUUAUAUCUUGUGCCAAUGUAUGGUCGUAUCAGAACUGUAUAUUGUUGUCUUCACUAGCUUAUAUGAAUUGUUUAUUGUUGAUCCUGCCAAGCAAAUUAGCGCUUUGUCUUAAUCUUUUACCACAAAAUUUCUGGACA